AGAAAAAAAACCAAAAACUAGACAGGAAGCAGAUACAGUAUAUCACAGUUCUACACACAGUCAGUGCAGUUUUGUUGGGAUGGAAGUUUAAAAAGCUUUAAAUUAAAAUGUCAUCUUUAAUACAUUUCAUCAGGUUGAACAUCUGAGAAAACAUCAUGUCGAAAGAUGUUAACAGAUACAAGGUGUUUCAGACCACCAGGGUGCGGCAUGCACUGAAGAAUGAUGGCUGCUGGAUCCAUAAAUCAAAAGAGGAGAAUGAAGAGCAAGAAAAAGCAAGUACUGACCAGGAGGUGGAGACCAAACUGUCUCCAGUCAGACAGAAAUCCUACGUCCUGUCCACAGCCAGGAAAUUUGAAUCACUAGAUUCUCCGGUGAGCCCUCCUUUCCAAAAGAUGCAGUUUACUCCGUCUGACGGCAGUUCAUCUAAUCAGGGAAAUUGUGAAGCCAUUCCUCCCUGUAAAGAUGCUCAGCCUGAGGGUUCAACAGCAGAGACCACAGACGAUGCAAAGCCCCAAGCACCCAAAGAAAAACUUAUCACAAAUGGUGAGACACAGCCUGAACAAUCAGUAGCCAACACAACAGCAGAAAACAAGGGAGAUGCUGCUGUAGCUUCCCAGUCAAAUGUUGAACACACUGACGGGGCAGCUGAGGUCUCUGCAGAGAUUCAUGUAGCAGAACCUAUCCAAAAUGAUGAAGCACACCCAGUUUCUUCAACAAGUCCAGAAGCAGUGUCUCCUGUGGAACCAGUUGCCAACUCAACUCCUGUGGAAGAUCUUGUUGCAGAACCCUCUGCUGCAGUUAUCACAGAGGAUGGUAAAGACACAGUUGAAGCCCCUGUUGCGCCUGCAGUAGAACUGCAACUUCAAGAGGAGCCUUCAACCGUAGCAGUGCCAGCAUAUAAAACACAUUUAGAGGAUACUGAGGUAGAAUCUGUCCAGCCUGAAAAGGGUAUUGGUGAGGAAUGUCAUCCAGAACAGGCUGCAGAAAAAAUAGUUGAAACUGUAACUGAGGUUGUAGUUAAGUCAACAUCAGACACAAGUGACGUGGUUAAUGCAAUGCCGGAAAAAGGGGCUGCUUCCCAAAACAGUGUUGAAGCUGUAGCUGAGGUUGUGGUGAAGUCAUUACCUGACACGAGUGACACUGUAAGUGCAACACCAGUAACAGAGGCUGCUGUUCCCCAAGUCAGCCAUGAAGCUGAGGUUGCUGUGGUUUCUAAGACCCCUGAUGUGACUGGUUUACAAGAGGAGGCCGCUCUUCAAGUCAGUGUGGAACCAGUCCCUGACUUAGUGGUACCAUCUGUUUCCGAACCACUUGCUCAACCAGUGACUGAAUCUGCUACAGAGGAGAGUUGUGUGAAAGGUCCUCCUGAACAGGCGACUGAGGAAACUGUCGAAGUUGUAGCUGAUGUUGCUGUGGUACCUGAGCCACCUGUUGUGAAUGGGUCAGCUGGAGAAGAGGCCAUCAGUGUGGAACCCGUCCCUGAUUUAGUGGUGGAAUCUGUAUCUGAAACGUCUGCUCAACCUGUUGCUGAAACUACAGAGGGUAGUUGUGAGAAAGGUCCUCCUGGACCAGUGAAUGGGGAGACUGUUAAAGAUGUAGUUGAUGUUGUUGUGGAGCCAUCGCCUGAGAUGCCUGCUGUGACUGGUGCAGCACAGCAGGAAGCUGCUCCCCAAGUCAGUGUUGAACCAAUCCCUGACUUAGUGGCAGGCACUGUUUCCGAAUCUCUUGAAACUGCAGUCAAGUCUGAAGAAUGUAAAGCUGAACCUGCAGCCCAGGCAGAGCCAGUUUUGAAGACCACAGCAAAAGAGGUAGUUGAGUGUGAAAUCCAGCCUGUUGAUAACACUGUUGUUGAGCAAAGUGUUGAGUCAGUACCUGAGAGUGCAGCAGAUCAUGUGGCGGAGUUGAAAAUUGAGGAUGCUGUUAAACCUGUAACAGCGCCAAAUGCUGAAGCUGUUCUGGAAAAGUUCUCUGAUAGACCCAUUGAACUGUGGGAAGCAUUAGAUGUGAAGCCACCGACAACAGAAGCUAAUCCAGAGCCUGUGAAAGAUCCAAAACAAUUCCAGGCCGAAGAGAUCAAACCGAAUCAUCACUCUGAUGAAACCAUAUCUGAUAUAUUUCAAAAGCCCAAGAAGAAGCAAACAUACCCGCAAAUCAGGAUCAGGAAUACCAGCAUUUGUUCAAUCUGUGACCAAACAUUUGUUGGAAAUGUCAAGCUUCACCUCAGUGACCCUGUGAUCACCUGCCACCCUGAAUGUCUAAAGUGUGGUGUGUGUGCAAAACCCUUGGGGGACUUGCUGAUCCCCAUGUACUUGCACGAACAAGACGUCCAAUGUCGUGACUGCUUUGCAAUAACUCUCAAGAAGACUCAAGCCUAAGUGGGACAAAAAAUGAUGCCGGAGCAGACUCAAAGCAUAUUGUGAUUAACAUGUUGUUUGGCCUGUUACCUUAAAGGAGCUCUAUAUGAUAUUUAUAGCCUAUCAAUUAUUCAGAGGUUGAUUCACACGGCUCUCAACAUGGAGGUAGCUGAGCUGGAUUGAUGUGUUUUGGCUUCACUUUUGGGGGGCUGUCAUGUCAUCCAUCUUUAUAUACAGAGUCUAUAGUCCAGGACUACAACACACAGAGGUAGAGUGACUUUAUUCUGUGCUGAGGAUGCCAUCACACCAAUAGGCUAUAUCUUUACAUUGCAAAUAGUUAUUUGCUGCUACAUUAGUUCUCUGAAUUUAUUACAGCGCACCGUUUACUCUUUAUUGUUUUUUUUUUUUUUAUAAUCUUAAACCCCUACUGAAAGUUUUUUAAGUACAUAGUGUAUUAUCAAGAUUAAGAAUUAUGUAAUGCAAUGGUCUGGCAGCACAUUAUUUCUGUGGUAAUUGGCAAAGAUGUUUAAAUGAAAUAUAAUCGACAUGAAAAGAUUUUUAUUGCAACAUUCUGUAUAUGAUUAAAAUAAAAUCACAAAUUACUGCCUCAGAUUUGAGUGGUUUAAUGAGCCUUAAUUAAAAAUGAGCACACAAAACACAGCCCAGCUCAGUAAGUCGCAGGGCUACACAUCAAACAUGAGUCACCUGGAGG